GAGCAGAGAGAAGUAGAGGAGUGGGCUGCAACUACCGCUGACAUAGAAAAGGAGGGGAGAGCAGCAGAGACUUGCAGACAGCUGUAAUCUAUUACAUAGAACAGACCCCGAGAGAGAAGCCAUUAGGAACCAGAGAGAGAAGAGGGAACCUUUCACAUGUGUUUAAAUAAAAACUUCCUUUUAAAACCAAGCAGAACCUGAGAAGGGGAGGUCCAGCCUACAGGAAACACAGUGGAAGUGCGAAGACUUUAAGAUUUCGGAGCUCUGAAACAGAAGGGAUUGGAGGGAAAACGAUUGACUCUACUGGAUCCUCUGUAUUACGGUGUGGAGCUAAACUUCUGGAUCAUACCUCACCAUGGGAAUCGAUCGGAUCCUGCUGGCUGUAUUUCAUGUGACUGCCCUCAUACAUUCAGGGAACUCCCAGUCCUGUACAGUGCAUAUUGAAAAGGAGAAUGAUUUUGUACCAUUUGGAGACACAGCCGUCCUGAAUUGCACCAGCAACUGUACAAGCCUGUCUUGGGAAACCAGACUGACUAAACUACAAGUAUCUCCCGACAGGACAAGCAACUUCUCAUGGGUUAAAGUCAAAGUUAGUGAGUGGGAAGACUCACCUAUACAAUGUCUGGCAAGCGAUGAUGACACAGCCGUGGCCAAUGUGAUACCUUAUGUUCUACCAUCUGGAUUGGACAUAGACCUGAAGAGGGAACUGGAGGAGGACGAAGAACAUGAAGUCACGUGCUCAGUGUAUGGUGUGGCUCCUGUCCAAUACGUCAUUUUAUCAGUGACCAGAGGAGGAGAAACAUUAUUCAGGAGAACAUAUGAAAAGGACCCCAGAAAAGUCCCACAAAACCUGAAGGAAACAUUUAAGUUUAACGCAACUCGUAGGGACAACCUGCAGGACUUUGCCUGCCAGGUCACAUUAAAUCUUACAAACGUCCCCAAUACCACCGUGCAGUCAUCUCCUGUCACUGUCAGGACAUAUGCUCUGCCGGAGGAUCCCCGCAUUACAGCCGAGAUGUGGCUGGAAAAAGGGACAGUGACUACAAUCAGCUGUGAGGUCCCCCGUGCAUUCCCUCCAGAUAAUAUCAUUACAGUGUUGUCUGUUGAUGGUUUUCCUAAUGCCAGUGUCGCUGGGAACGUGUCUGUUUCAUUCAACCUGGAUACCAAUGAACUACCGGCGGCUCGGCAUAAUUUGCUUUGUUUAUCUCAAGUGUUCCAGGCCUCCAAGCAGAGCAAUAUGCACAUACAUAUUUAUGAACCUCCUAUGGUGAACCUCACAGUGUCCAGUAAGGUUGCAAACCUGGGUGACACGGUGACCGCUGACUGUAAUUUAAUUCGGGGUAAUUCAGAGUACUUUGGUCUUUCCAUAAGUGUGGAUGGAGAAAAAGGGAAGAGGGAGGAAUCCCCGGACCUGACUGAAAUCAUCAUCAUAACAAGAAGAAAACCAAAUCUCACCGUUACCUGUAAAAUAUUUAUUCGGGACAAUAAUAAAGAGCUACUUACAAAAGAAGAGACCCUCACUGUGCAAUAUCCGCCAGAGUUCAGUGACAGUUCCUGUCCGGACUCUAUCGUUUGGGUAGAGGGAAAGGAAAGCAUGUUUGGCUGUAGGUCUGAAGGGAACCCAACUCCUGAAGAAAGGUGCACCUUCAAUCUUGAAAACGUGACUCUGCAAACCACAGCAACCUUCUCUGCAGAAAGAAACAUGUCAGGAACCUAUACAUGCCAAGCAUCAAAUCUUAUAGGAACCGUGAAUAAAUCUGUGGAAGUUACAGUGCAAUACCCACCAGAGUGCCCAACAGUGCAAAUCUCAACACAAUCAUCAGUUAGUGCCGGAGAUUCUGUCAAUUUGACUUGCCAUUCAGAUGCUCUGCCUUCUCCUACGUACAGCUGGGACAUCCCACCUCAGGCUCAGGUGGUCUUUUCCCAAGAAAACAGAUUCCUCACCAUCAAAGAAGCGUCAUCUUACCACAGCGGAAAGUACACCUGUAACGUCGAGAACAAACAUGGUCAUUUAUCCAUACAUCAGGAUUUAGAAGUUAAAAGUGAUAACACUAUACUUGUGGCAACUCUUUCUAGCAUUGCAGGAGUGGCUGGGCUAGUAGCCAUAGUAUACCUCGUGAGACACUUUUUUUGUCAAAAUGGAAAAAAAGGGUUUUAUGAUCUUGUGAAACGAACACCAAAAAAACCUAACCCAGAAGUUCCACUGCAGGAAAAAGAAUUGGUCUAGGCUUGCUAGUUACCCAUUUUAAGUUGUACUGUCAGCACAGACAUUUUGAAUGUAUAGCUUGGCCGAGUACCGAUGUCCGACGCAGAUCCUUCUGCAUACACAGCUAUCAUUUGUAAAAAAGGACCAGGCCUAGUCAAAAACCCAUCCAUGGAACACGACCAUGUACGAACAAUCUGGCUGCGAAGCUUGUAAAUAUAUAUGAGGGGCUCCCGCGUUCUAUUCAGUUCAUUUGAAUGUUGCCAUCUGGAUAUUAUUAUACAUGGACAAUAGAUUUUAAUAGAUCUUAUUUUUUAUUUUGUACAGAUCUCGAUUUUUGUGUGUGUUUGUUUGGUAUGGUGUUACACUUAAUUGUAUCUACAGUACUUUACUGUGCUCUCCUGAAGAUUUAAUGUUGUUAAAUUGGCAAUGCUACUGUA